UGAGAGGAGGAGCUACACAAAUGAAUAUGAACAGUGUCACUUUGGAACAGAAGAGCUGCUGUGUUCUCUCUACUGUUCAUUUAUCACAGGAACAACAAUGCAGCUUCCUUUGGUUUGGAUGAUGAUAGUAUUCUUUCAUACUGGAUCCUCUGAGGAAUUAGUGACACCAUUCAGAGAGGUAAUGAUGGCUGUUGAUGGAGAAAAUGUGACUCUCUCCUGCAACUAUUCAGGCUCUGCCAACUACCUCUACUGGUAUCAGCAGAAAUCAGGUUCAUCUCCACAACAUCUCAUAGGAGGAUAUUCAGAGAAACAAGGGAAGUUGUCUACAAGACAUGAUAAACAAUCUAAUGAGUUUCAUCUGGAGAUCUCCUCUGCUGCACUGACUGACUCUGCUGUGUACUACUGUGCUCUGAGGCCCACAGUGACAGGAAACACCACAACUCUGUACAAAAACCUCUGGAGAGAAGACAACACAAUACUCGAGCAUGAAAAUAACCCACAUUGUAUCUACAGAACAAUAAAUCUUCUAGUUUUAAAAACACAAAUUAACAAAAUGUUCAUUCUUUCUCCAGGUAUCAGCUGUAAAGAAGUCACUCCAGAGAAGAACGAACAGUACAGUUUAGAGAACAGUACUGUUACUCUGUCCUACAGAUACUCACAACAAACAACAGCUGGAGAUGAAUUUUACUGGUAUCAACAAUAUCCAGGAAAACAACCACAGUUCAUCAUCUCUCACUCAGGAACAGGACGACUUAUAUCAGAUCCAGUCUCUGGACUGUCUGUUACAGUGAGAGAGGAUAAAAAACAUCUGGAUCUACAGAUCUCCUCUGCUGCACUGACUGACUCUGCUGUGUACUACUGUGCUGUGAAGCCCACAGUGACAGGAAUCACCACAACUCUGUACAAAAACCUCUGGAGAGAAGACAACACAAUACUCCACAACAUCCACUAGAGGGAGUCACACUCUGAUAAACU